AUGCCUUCAUCAAUGCAUCAGAUGAAUACCUCUGCCCUCGCGGCACCAACCAACUACCCCCAAAUUGAUGCGACUCACCGACAUGAAUAUGGCGUCCAGAAGAGCCGGAAGCCAUCGUCCACAGGAGGAGGCAGAGCUUGGAGUGAGGAUGAGGAAGUCUAUCUUCUCCAAACUCGUCUCCAGAAGAUGCCCUAUAAGCACAUCGCCGCGCACUUGAAAAAGACCGAGCUGGCUUGUCGCCUCCACUAUCAUCAGCUCUCUCAUGGUAGUAAUCGCCGCAAGCGGACCAAUUCCACCAGUUCGUCUAGCCCCGGUUCUGCUUCUCAAUCACCCAUCCUGCCAGUACCAGUCUCCAUACCGUCUCCCGUUCACGAAGCUGCGAAUAUGCGAAUCGACUCCCCACCUACGCAUACGUACACUCCUCAGACGCCGGCCCACACGCUGCUCCCCUCCGCUAGUACACUGCUCUCGCGCUCUACUUCGAACAGCCCUCCCAGAAACAUCAGCCAGCCAGUUGCUAUCCUUCCCAAAUCCUCCCCUCCUUGCCGUCCUGCAUCUGACGCUACCUUAAGUCAUCCCCUGCGUUUGGACUGCGACGUGGUCGUGACCCCAACAAACAUAUCCAAUGUGGACAAGGAACGCCUCCGCCACAUAUAUGAAAUUCACAGAGCAGCGUUCUGGGGCCUUAUCGCAAAAGAAUAUGGCGGAUCUGCAUCCCCAUUCCUCUUGGAGGAAGCAUGGAAGCGAGGAAUCGUGAACGACGGUCCACCCACACCAUGCACCUCUCCAGACACCCAUACUGCUACCAGUUAUCAAGCAUACAGCGCGCAGCCAGCACCGAAGCCCGUGACUCCAGCCCCUGAAAACAAGCCAACUAGUGCCACGAGCAUUUCAGCACUGCUGGGAAUUGAUGCAAGCCCGAAAUCCCCAAAAGAAAGGGAGCUAAUCAAGAGGAUGGAAGAGAGUCGCGAGACUAGGGAUGUGGUCAUGGCUAGCGUUGAGGCAUCAUAA